AUGGGCAGCUUUUGGAGCAGGCCAGAGACGGUGCCCCGCACUCCGUACGAGUACUUGGACCCCUUACCCAAGGGCAAAAUACGCCUGCUGGAAGUUCAAGGCCGACUCGGCAGCGGGUGGCUCUCAUUAUUUCAAAAUGGUCGCCUUGUUUAUAAGCUGAUCACGGUAGACCUGCACGACAGUCCGCCGUUCAUUGCGAUUUCUUACAUGUGGGGUUCCCCUAAACACACAGACACGAUACUUAUUGGAGAUGCACAUGUGCUACCAGUCACUGCCAGUGCCCAUGAGUGCCUAGACAUCCUCUCUGACGCCAAGCAUCUCUGGAUUGACGCAAUAUGUAUCAAUCAGACCAACCAUGUAGAGAAGUCGCAGAAUGUUGGCAUGAUGGGCGAAAUAUACAGCCAAGCAAUCGAAGUUGUUGGUAUACUGGGAAGAACCACUGCGCUGAGCGGCUUAUACUCUAGUAACAUCCUCGACAGGGCGUCACUGCACCUCAGGGGCGUCGAUCGCUUCAUGCGCCGAAAGGAGGCUUCUCAACGAGAUUCAUCCCUUACAAAUCCGCAUCGACGCCACGAGCAAACAAGACUAAUUAGCGAAAGAUCGUAUCCGGAAGAAUCGAUCUUUAGUAGAUUCUUUGCGGAAUCGUCCAGUGCGCAGUUCGUACUUCACCAACUUGAGACUCACUCUACCGCAUUGAAAAUACUCCGCCAUCCCUACUGGAGGCGUGUGUGGAUUAUACAAGAACUAGCACUUGCGAAGAAGGUCACCGUGUACCAUCACGGUGUUUUCCUCCGCUGGGAGCAGCUUUUGAGCAUGCUAAAUAGCCUCGAAGAGCUCGAUAAAGAACUCUACAACUCUCGUCCCCGUGAAGACUGGGAACAGGGCCGCGUUGAGAGUAUGGCGGUUUCCGUCGAGAACUUCCUCGCCGGGUACCAAUACCUUAUUGAAGACCGUACUCAAUUGGACAGUGUCUUUGAGAGCCGAUAUCGCAGGGCAUACUUGCGCAUGCUUCAACUUGUGAUGCAGAUUGACCAGCUUAGAUGGAGUCCAAAACACUCCCUGAAAGAUAUCCUCAUCGGAACUACGUACUCUCAAGCGACGAACCCCCGAGACAAGGUGUUCGCCUUACUUGGCCUGGUGUCCCCGGAACACGCUACUUCAACGUCAAGGGCCCCAAUGAUCAUGCCAAACUACGAUAAAUCAAAGGAAGAAAUCUACACAGAAACGACUCUUGCUCUCAUCAAGGCAGGUGACUAUACCACCCAUCUUCUCGCCGGUGGCAUAGGAUGGGAUGAAGAGGAGCGCAACAUGCCGUCUUGGAUGGUCAAUUGGGCACGCCCUCCUCAGAUCUUCGUGGAUAGUGACACUCACCAUGGCAAAGAUAGACUCGACAAGUACUGGGCUGGAUUGGGCAACAAACCAGACGAGACGGAGGACAGCACUUUCACCAUCAUCGAUCCCGACAGGAUCCUGGGCAAGUUCAUACGGCUCGACAAGAUUGUGUUUCUGGGUCCGCAAAUCACGCCCGAGUCCAACCGCUGGCUUCUCGGCUGCUGGGGUGCCAUAGACCACUUUGUGCCCAAGGGGUACCCUUACCGGACUCCAAGCUUUCCCCCAAUCGAGAAACACGAGGUCCUCUGGCGGGUAUUGCUAGACGUGCCUGCGGUCGGAAGACCCCGGAAGGUGAACUGCUAUGAUAGGGCAUGCGAGGUGGAGACCGACGCCUUCGCUUCCGGCUUUGUUGAGUCGAAUGGGGAGCAGCACCUCUGUAGAGAUCUGGUGGACAGCGCAUUCCGCGAAUGGGCCGAUCUGGGCCCUCCCACGAAGCCAAGAUACCACGGACUGAGGGACAGCUUCAGGGAUGCCUUGUCGCGUUCCCAGUCCAAUGGGUCUCGCCUUGCUAUAUCUGACAAAGGAUAUCUGGGCACGGUGCCCCCAUACUCGGCCGUAGGCGACGAGAUCAUGGUUCACAUUGGAUGUCCCUUGCCCGUUGUGCUCAGAAAGGCGCCUGAACAAGGCCCUGACCUUGGAUUUCCUCACAUCUAUCGGCGCCUAGUCGGGAAAGCACAUUUCUUGGGCAUGAUGAGAGCUGAAUGGACAGGUGGGAAAAGUGUGGAUGAAAUCAUGGACGCAUUCGCUAGUCGAGUUCACAAGGUCGUGUUGAUAUAA